AUGACGUACAAACUACUGAGAGGAAUUAGCAGGGUGGACAUGGAGAGCCGCUUUGAGUCUGGUCUCACGUACACGAGGUUACAACUGGAAGUAAAAUGCGCAGUUGAGUCAAAGGAAUUAGUGGAGGUGUGUGUUGUGGUGAAGACUAUGUUACCUGUGGAGGUGAGAACAGCAGUGGUCCAGGAGGUGGUGGAGAUCCAGCCAGUCCAGGCACCUCUCAUCCUCGUCAGAAUGCUGCUACUACACCUGCUGGUGGAUGUCAACCACCUGGCUGUGGUGGGUGACCUCGCCACGGGGUCGUGGCUGUAUCUUGGUCAAGAUUACUGCAACCUAUUACUAGAACACCUGGGUACAACAUGUAGGUUCAGCCUGCAGAGUCUGCACCUACAAGGGGUCAGUCUGACACCUGGUGUGUUAGCUGAGAUCAUCCAUCGCUCGCCUCACUUGACAUCCAUCCAUGUUGGUGGAGAUGACGCAGCUAGUGAAGUGUUGGCUUAUAUCAAGAAGAAUCCCAGAGGGCUUCACUCCCUGCAUCUUGACUGUUGUAACGUCACAGAUCUGGAUGUUGUACAUGCUUUAGUCAAGAGUUACAAGGACGUCAACUCCUGGUUGGACAUCAAUGCCAGCGAUGAUGUACUGGACAUUUCUUCUCCGCCUCUCUGUCACCUGAUCAUAAACUCACCUUUGGUUACUCUCUGCGGCGCUGUGGUGCUGUUACACUCCCUACGGAACCUGAGAAGCUUGCAGUACAGUUACUGGAACUCUUCUCUGUGUAACCUGUUCAUGUACCUUAAACAACAGUCUCCUAACUCUGCGCCAUUCAGUCUGACAUCAGUGUCUCUGUGGCGGGCAACAGAUAGAGCUCUUCAGACACUCAGCUUGUGUCCACGACUUCAACACCUAAUGAUGGAGUACACAGACCCUUCCCUCGUGUCAAUGUCUGCCCUCAGUCACCUGACACACCUCGUCUCCCUCACAUUCAGAUUGGUACCUGAGACACUCAUACUGUCUGCUGUACACGCUGUUGGCAAGAGACUCCUUCUGCUAGAAAUAGAGUUUGAAAAAUACACUCGGACACCCAUCUCGUGGAACACUGUCAGUGUUAUACACAACCAGUGUCCACACUUGCAGAGGCUUGAACUACACUACGUGAUUAUCAUCCAGACUCCAAAUACAUUCUUCCAUUCAUCCACACGUCCCAGAUCAUCAUUUAGUGAGCUGGUCCACUUGAACCUGACAGGCGUAGUGAUACAACCACCAGACUUGGCUCACUUGCUGUGUAACAACACUACCCUACACACACUACUUCUCGACAUUAACCAAGAGGCUCUCACGGACGCAGUUCUCACCACACUACUCCUCAACAACCAACUACAUAACCUAAACUACAUUUAUUUAAACUCUGGCUUAUUGACUAUCAAGGGUGUCACUGCCUUACUGACACUACCAGCCUUGAUGAGACUUGCCCUAUACUCACCUGGCUUCCCUAAUAUUGCUUUCUCUACUUUCUGCAAACUUCAACUGCAACUUCUCAAAGGUAACUAUCAGUGUACGUUAGAGAGUGUGCACAAAGACGAGUGA